UGAAAACAUUGAACGGAGUUUUCUUGUGAUUUGUAAUAUAUAUCAUCGGCAAAACGCAUCAUGAAGAGGAUAGGGAUUGUUCUGGUGAUCGCCACCGCACUUCUAGGCUUGGUGGCAAGCAGCGGCUAUGAUCGUGGCUCUGGGUACGCUCGGAGAAACUGGGGGCAGCACCACAAGGAUGAUGACAAGGGUCAUUACAACCACAACGGGAAGCACGACAACCGCGGACGCGGAGCCCACUACGGCGGUCAGAGAAGCGCGCUGGACAAAGGUCACGUCGACUACAAGGAAGGUAACGGCGACUUCUACUUCAACAAGGGCAACGGCAAGUACUACUUCCGAAACUACAACGUCGACAAGGGAGCGAAGGAGCGCUUCAGCGACAAGGGCCACAAGCGCGAUUACCUCAACAACGGACGCAACUACGAUAAGGGCUACUACCAGGAUAAGGACAACUACAACAACUACUAUAGGCGCAACGAAGCACGACCAAAGACGUACGAGAACUCGAACUCUGGCAGUGGCACGUCCGAGUACUCGCCCUACAUGCCGUCAAUUGACGACCGUCUCGGAAGGAAUAGCAGAGAACCGUCCGGUCGCUACGCGCGGUACACGUACGCACCGCAGUACGCCACGCGACCCAGCUAUUACAACCGUCCCACGUACGGUCGCUACGGUCAGUACCCGUACGAGCCCGAGCACGAAACUUACAGGGGCGACGAUGACGACAGUUACACCUACGGUAACCGGGGCAGGUACGUGAGAGGUCCACCGAUCUACAAAUAUGGCAAUGACAUAAAGAGACGUCACUGAUUUCACACCAUAUUGAGAUACGCUAGCCUAAUACGUAAAGCCUAAUACGUAAACGUUGUAACUUGUAAGCAUACUCAUCACGUGUGAUCACACUGCCUGACGUAUAUCAUUUGCACAUGAUUGUUAUUAUCAAAGAAACACAAACAUUUUAUUUAUUGUUGCAUUCAUGCGUUAUAUUGAUGAUCGCGAAGAAAUGAUUCGAAGGAUGUUGUUAAUAAUAAGGGAUGGCUGUCGCGAUGACGCUGGAAGCGCCACCUGUGUGCGAAAUGCGAACUAGUAGGCCUAGAGCUCGAUUUAUCUUAUUUUAUUAUUUUAUUACAACAUUGCGAAUACUUUUCUAUUAAGGAGGAGUUGUAGGAAUACUCAUAGCUAGCCCAGCUGUAGCCACCAUCGAACAUUCUCCCAGUAAACUAUCAGAAGAUGAUUAAGAGCACGCGUAGUGUCAGGAGUAGAUAAUAGGGGGUCCCUAUUAUCUACUCCUGGUAGUAUGUAGCUUUGGUUUGGUAGUAGGCCUAUUUCGUUUUCGAACCUUACGCAUAUAUACUAAUGGAUUCAAACCGAUAUACUGCUACACGUUUGACUAUGACGUACAGGAAACGCCUGCCACGUAGCCUUUUAAUUGAAUAAUCGGUCUAAGCCACGCGCAUGUUUCUGUGAAAAUGUUAUACGGUUCCCACGUGUUUGACCGAUAUUCGAAUAAAAUGUCGAAUCAAUUACACAACAUUACAACAAAUGAGAGUGUAAUAUAAACUUUGCUAUAAAUAUUGUUUUAUAUGUAUUCAUGUUUGAAGCUGUAUAUUGUGACAUUUUAGCACAAAAACUGUAAUGCUGGUUUCAUUUUCUGCUUUGCUUCGCAUUGCGUGGAAAAUUCCUGACAGUGAAUGCGUUCUACGCGUCAUUUUAUCGCAUAUAUGUUUUCGACAUCCGGUUUAUAUUCUAAAUGUCAUCCUGAAUGUUUAAAACGAAUUCACUGCCUUGCUUUGUAUAUCUUAUUUAUUUCUCACGAGGUAACAACAUAUCGCAAGUAAAUUAUUUCUAUAAGAUGAACGGUAUGAACGUCAAAUAGAGUGAAAUAUGUAUGGGAGCAGCUAGCGUUAGAGCAAGAAUACAUCGGUGCAUGCACAUCUCCCUGUUCUUGCCUGGAAAUUCCGCGCUUCCAUGAAUAACAUUCAUAUAUGUACUUUUAACAGGCUUGGGGAUUGUUCACAUUGUACAAAUGCUUCGUGACGUGCUAUUUGUCUAACCACAUGACAUCCGUAAAUCCCCAAAUACUGAAUUCGUGCUGUUGUUUAGAAUAAUACCUGCUUGUGGUCACUGUUGAAACUUUUUAAUAAAUAAAUGCAUACUCUGAAAGUGAUUCCAUUA